AUGGUCUCCCGCCUCAGCGCCGCCACCGCCCUCCUGGGCGCGUACCUCUCCGUCGUCUCGGCCCAGACCUUCCAGCGUCUCGGUGCCUGCCCCGACCUCGGCUGCGUCUUCCCCCCCGACCAGGCCGACUUCCUCCCCGGCCAAUUCUUCGACCUCCGCGUCGAGGUCCACGCCCCCGUCAACGGCUCCGAGGCCUUCAACGACGGCGUCCCGGACAAGGACUUCUCCGUCACCGUCACCAAGAAGGGCGCCGCUAGCCAAAAGGUCACCGACUUCUUCGGCGUCGAGGAGCCCGAGCUUGAGACCUGGAAGUUUAGCUGGUAUGAGGACCUCUUCGCUGAGGAUGCCAAGCAGAAGAGCUUGGUCAAUGUUGCUAGCAAGAUCUACCGCCGCAUCGUGCUGAAGGAGCCCGGCGAGUACGAGGUUACGCUCUCGUACUAUGGUAACAAGAAGACUGUUGCCAAUUGGGUCGUCAGGCCCAUUUCUCAUAAGAAGAAGGCGAAGAACAUCAUCUUCUUCAUUGGUGAUGGCAUGACCACCAACAUGGUCACGGCCGCCCGUCUCCUCGGACACAAGAGCAUCAACGGCAAGUACCAGUCGCUCUUGCAGCUUGACAAGUUCCCCGUCCUCGGCCACCAGAUGACGCACUCUAUCGACUCGUACAUUACCGACUCUGCCAACUCUGCUGCCUCCCUCUACAGCGGUCACAAGGGUACUGUCAACGCCAUGGGUGUCUAUGUCGACUCGUCUCCCGACGCGUUCGAUGACCCCAAGGUUGAGACCAUCACUGAGCUCAUCAGCCGUAUCUGGGGAUCUGCCUGGGGUGCCGUCUCCACUGCCGCCCUCGCUGAUGCUACCCCCGCCGCCCUUACUGCUCACACCCGCCAGCGCGCCCUCUACGGUCCCAUCAUCGACCAGGCUCUCAACGGUAUCACCAACUACACCUGGACUCCCAUGAACGGCCCCGAUGUCUACUUCGGCGGUGGUGCCGAGCAGUUCUACCCCGGCAAGGGCUCCUACCAGGGCAAGGACUACUACCAGGAGUUCGCCAACAAGGGCUACACCGUCUCCCUCAACAAGACUUCGCUCCUCGCCGCUGACCCCAAGGAGAAGGCCCUCGGCAUCUUCUGCCAGAGCCACUUCCCCGUCUGGCUCGACCGCAACGUCUACACUGAGAACCUCAAGGCUUUCAAGAACGAUCCCCUCGGCGGAGACGCACCCGCUCUUGACCUUCCCGGCCUCAAGGAGAUGACUGUCAAGGCUGUCGAGAUUCUUCACAACCGUGGUGGUGACAAGGGUUUCUUCCUCAUGAGCGAGGCUGCUUCCAUCGAUAAGCAGAUGCACGCUCUCGACUACGACAGGGCUCUUGGUGAUCUUCUUGAGCUUGACGACACCGUUAAGGCUACCAUCGACAAGCUCGAGGAGCUUGGUGUCCUCGACGAGACUCUCAUCGUUGUCUCUGCUGAUCACGGUCACGGAUUCGACGUCUUCGGUAGCGCCGAUACCAAGUACCUCGCCUCCCAGACCGAAGACCGCAAGAAGCGCCGCGCCAUCGGCACCUACGCCAACUCCGGUCUCUCCAAGUACACCGAGGAGACUCCCGGCAUCAGCUACAACACCGGUGCCAACUUCCCCCUCAACUGGACCCCCCGCUACGCCAUCGCCGCCGGCGUCGCCGCCAACCCCGACCACCGCGAGGACUUCCACCUCCACGAGGAGGGCCCCCGCAACCCCGCCAAGAGCAUCGCCGGCGAGUACUUCGUCGACCCCAAGGAUUCCCCCCAUGGUUUCGUCGUCAACGGUACCCUCUCGCCCGUCGAGAGCGUCGGCGUCCACUCGCUUACUGACGUCCCCGUGUUUGCUAUGGGUCCUUGCCAGAACCUGUUCGGUGGUGUUUAUAACAACGUGGAUAUUUUCUACAAGUUCGCCGAGUGCUUCGGUCUUGGUCUGGGAAAGGGAAACGGCACUGAUAACUGUACUCCUAAGCCGCCCAAGGGCAAGGGUAAGAAGACUCACUAA